AUGGCCCCCAAACCACCAGCGUCGUCAGCAAGGGCGAAGCAGCCCAAAGCUGGACCCUCGACCAUCGCCCCCGUCAAAUCCACCAAGAAGCGAGCAGUUGAACAGGUCGAACAAGAGAGCGAAGAUGAGUUUGGAGACCAGGGAAGCGGCAUCGACAUGAGCGACGAUGAGGAGCUCGCCGAGGAAGACGGCGAAGAGGACGGAGAAGACGCUUUCCCUGAAUUUGACAGCGAGCUUGAGGACGGGGGCGACGAACUUGAGUUGGCAGACUCGGACGCAGAUGACAGCGACGAAGAGUACGACCAAGACGACGAAGAGUCUGGCUCCGAAUCUGGAUACAACUCCUCCGACAUUGAGGCCAUGUACGAAUCCUCCGCCUCAUCCGUGUCUUCUCACGACGAAGAAGGCCAACCUAUCUCUACCGACGAAAAGCUGGCCAAGAUGAUUGCGAAAAACACCAUCAAACCGAACGAUGCUAUCGGCACUGACGCCAAGAUUAGUACGGCGAAGGAGGGUGUUGGAAGGAGAGUGCCCAGUAAAUUUGUGAAGGGGAGUUUCAUGAGGGAGUACGACGAAUACGAGGCGGGCUAUGGAAGUGAAAGCAGUACCGAAGACAACCCCAACACUGUUGGCAACAUCCCUAUGGAAUGGUACGAUGACCUCCCUCACAUCGGUUACGAUGUCAAUGGUCGCAAAAUCUUCCGACCCCUUCAAGGCGACGAGCUCGACAAAUUCCUUGCCAACGUCGAUGACACUGCUGCUUGGACUUCUGCGGAAGACAAGCUCAUGCAGCAGAAUGUCCAGCUUACCGACAAGGAGCUCGAUAUCAUCAGGAGGCUCGAGAAGGGAGAAAACCCGGACGCGGACUUUGAUCAGUACCAGCCUACCAUUGAGUGGUUUACUGGCGAGGGCAAGGAGAGGGUUAUGCCCCUCAGUGCUGCGCCUGAACCAAAGAGCAGAUUUGUGCCAUCCAAGUGGGAACACCAGAAGAUCAUGAAAAUUGUCAAAGCGAUCCGCCAAGGACGUAUCAUUCCCAACAAGCCGACUGCUGAAAAGCCCAAAUUCUACCCAAUCUGGUCUGAUGCCGAUCAACAUAACCCUCACGCCAUGUACAUGCCCGCUCCCCAACUCCCUCCCCCUAAAACUGCCGAGUCUUACAACCCUCCCGAAGAGUAUCUUCCGACCGAAGAAGAAAAGAAGGAAUUCGCAGAGACCGACAAGGAGGACCGUAAAGAGGAUUUCUUGCCUGAGAAGCACAGCGCUUUGCGAUUGGUACCUAGGUACCAGAACUUGGUGCAGGAGAAGUUUGAGCGUUGUCUCGAUCUUUACCUUGCUCCUCGUACUCGUCGGGUCAAACUCAACAUCGACCCCGAAUCCCUCAUUCCCAAACUCCCCGCCCCUAAAGAGCUCAAGCCCUUCCCCAUCGCCCCCUCUGUUCAGUACAGACAUCCCGGAGACACCCGUGUCCGAAGCUUGUCCACCAGCCCGGAUGGACAAUGGGUUGCUUCUGGUUCCGAGGAUGGUGUGGUCAGAGUCUGGGACCUGGGUAACGGUCGAGAGGUUUGGAGAUGGGACUUGCAUGCGGGUGCUAUCCAGUAUCUCGAGUGGUCUCCUUCAAGAGAAGAGUCGCUUUUGGUUGCUGGUGUCUCGGGCAAGCUUGCUGUCCUUGCUCCUCUUGCUCUUGUCUCCCCUCACAUCGCUGCUGCUACUCUCACCCAUGCCAACACCGCUUUCGCUUCCAGUGCUGCUACUACCAAGCAAGGCGCCGGAAAGGAAGUCAGAGGCACAGAGGCGAUCAAAUGGAGCAGGCCCGGAGAGAAGGAGCGAGAGCGAGGUGUGUUGGUGUAUGUUGAGGUGCCUGGUACUGUGAAGCAGGUGACUUGGCACAGGAAGGGUGACUACUUUGCGACUGUUGCCUCUGAGGCCGCCAACAAGUCCGUCCUCAUUCACCAACUUUCCCGCCAUGCCAGCCAAUCUCCCUUCCGCAAGACCCCUGGAGCUAUCCAGCGAGUCGCUUUCCACCCCACCAAACCCCACUUCUUCGCUGCCACUCAACGCUACAUCCGCCUCUACGACCUUGCUGGCCAAAAGCUCAUCAGAACUUUGCAAAGUGGUGUCAAGUGGAUCAGUUCGAUGGAUGUGCACCCCGGUGGUGACAACUUGAUCAUCGGAAGUUAUGACAAGAAGUUGGCGUGGUUUGACAUGGACUUGAGCGCAAAGCCGUACAAGACUUUACGGUACCACAACAAAGCUCUUCGAUCGGUUGCCUACCACCCCACCCUCCCCCUGUUCGCCUCCGCCUCAGACGAUGGCACCAUCCACAUCUUCCACUGCACCAUCUACUCGGACUUGAUGCAGAACCCCUUGAUCGUGCCCUUGAAGAUUCUGAGAGGACACAAGGUCAUUGACGGGCUGGGUGUGCUGGAUUUGAGAUGGGUGGCUGGGAAGCCGUGGUUGGUUAGUAGCGGAGCGGACGGUGAGGUCAGACUGUGGUGUUCAUAG